AUGGACAACUCUCAGAGUCAGCCAUUACCUCCUGGUGUUGGAGCAUGGCAGCCGCCACCUCCAAAUCCUCCUCCACAAUUUCAGCAUCCUCCACAAUUUCAACCUACCCCACGCCCACAUGCUUAUCCAGCACCAUAUGAUACCAGACCCAAUGGUGGUAACAAUCAAAAUGGAGCAAACAUGUACUAUGCAACACAACAUUUUCAUCCUAGUCCACAUCGACAUGCUUAUCCAACACCAUACGACACCAGACCCAAUAAUGGCAGCAAUCAAAAUACAGCAGGCCCCUUCUAUGCUACACAGCCUAACAUGCCUUUUGCUCCCGCUCAAAGUACUCCUAGUGUUACCGCAGAAGCUGGGAAUGGACAACCAGAUCUCAAUGGCCAUCAGAGCGCUCAUGUGGUUGCUAACCACAAUGGAAGUGCGGCAAACAUCGAAUCUGCUGUGCAAGAGGCUGUUCUUCACGAACAGGACAUUGAGACGCAGCAAGUAAUACAAAAUCAAAGGCAAGCAAAAUCAACAAACGACCCCGCAGAAUAUGGGGAAGACAUACUUUCGAGCCGGCGCGACCCUAAUGCACUGAAGGAACACUUGCUGAAGAUGACGGUUGACCAUCGUGCAGAGAUGGCAAAUAAAAGGGGAAAGUCACUUCAUCCAGAUAAUGGCAAUGUUGAGAUUGGCAAUGGCUAUGGUGUACCAGGAGGUGGUGCUUAUUAUGCUGGAAAUUUGUCAAGUGCUCAAAUGAAUAAACCAAAAGAUUAUGCUGAGAAAGCAGAAGGUGAUGACGGUCUCCCCGAGUUUCUGAAGCAGAGGUUAAAAGCAAGGGGAAUUCUUAAAGACAAGGAAGCAAAUGAUAACAUCAUGGCUAAACAAAAUGCAAAUUCUCAAGAAGGCCACAACAAAUCUGCCCAAGAUUUGCCUCCUGGUUGGGCCGAGACGAAGGAUCCAACGACUGGUGCUUCUUAUUUCUACAACCAAAGCACCGGAGUAACCCAAUGGGAUCGUCCCGGUGGUACCGUGAAUACCGUGCAGCAUCAAGCUGCUCCAUCAUUGCCAGAAAAUUGGGAGGAGGCACUUGACAAAUCAACAGGCCAGAAAUACUACUAUAACACAAAGACACAGGCAACACAGUGGGAGCCACCUACUUCUGUGAACCCAGUUAUUGUGCCACAAGCAUCCACCGUUGUUGCAGUUCAGCCGACCACUCAAAAUACUGAUCUUUGGAACCCUCACAUACAAAGAUGUUCAGGCUGUGGUGGCUGGGGAGUCGGUCUUGUCCAGCCGUGGGGAUAUUGCAAUCACUGCACAAGGGUUCAAAAUCUGCCUUUUCAACAGUAUCCGUCUUACUCGAACAAUAUCGUGCCCUCAAGUUGUACCAAUGUUCCCAAAAGUCAAGGAAACAUCGCAGCUAAGGACAGAUCAAAUUCAAAACCCCCUUCAGGUAAAGCAAACAAAAAAGAUAACCGAAAAAGAGGUCGUGCUGAGGAGGAUGAGCUUGACCCAAUGGAUCCAAGCUCUUACUCAGAUGCUCCACGGGGUGGCUGGGUUGUUGGCCUGAAGGGUGUACAGCCGCGAGCAGCGGAUACAACUGCAUCUGGACCUCUGUUCCAACAAAGGCCGUAUCCCUCACCCGGCGCCGUGUUGAGGAAAAAUGCGGAGGCGGCAUCUGGCAGCGGCAAGAAACGUGGUGGUAUGUCUGCGAUCAGCAAAAGAGGGGAUGGCAGUGAUGGGCUCGGGGAAGCGGAUUGUAGCAAGUCAAGUGCCGGAGGCGAGGCUAGUGCAGUGUGA